GUGUUUUUAAUGUUUGUGGUGCAAGUCCAACAACUUACACUGGCUAUGGUAAACAAUCGGGAUUUAUUGAGACGGAAACGGUUCCGCUGUUGUUUCGAUCGGACCAUUAUGAGCGACGAACCAAACGUUCAAGUUGCAAAAAAUCCAAAUCGCAUAUUUUAAACAAUUGCAGCAGCUAAUAUUUGGCCAAGACAUGGCGGAGCAACCAAUAAGAGUCUUGGCGUGUGGAGACGUGGAAGGCAGGCUGACCGCGCUGUUCAAUCGAGUCCAGACCAUCCAAAAGAAGGCCGGACAGUUUGACCUGCUGCUGUGUGUUGGGGAGUUUUUUGGGACAACGCCGGAGGCCGAAGCAGAGUGGCAGCAGUACAAAACUGGAGCCAAGAAAGCUCCCAUCCACACGUACAUCCUCGGAGCAGCGAGCCAGGAGACGGUGAAGAGUUUCCCCAGCGCCGAUGGCUGCGAGCUGGCCGACAACAUCACAUAUCUGGGUCGGCGCGGCGUGUUCACGGGCGUGUCGGGGUUACAGAUCGCCUACGUCAGCGGUCGGGAGGCCCUGCAGGAACCGGCCCCGGCUCACUGCUACACAUCCAAAGAUCUGUCGGCCCUCGUGGCCCCGCUGACCAGCAGCUCCAAGUUCAGAGGAGUGGACAUCCUGCUGACGUCACAGUGGCCCCGGGGAGUGUGGCACUACGGAAACAACCCGGAAGUGAACACAAAGUUCUGUGGGAGCAGCUCCGUGGCCACCCUGGCCGACAAACUGAGACCACGAUACCACUUUGCUGCACUAGAGGGUGCUCACUACGAAAGACUCCCAUACAGGAACCAUGUCAUUCUCCAGGAAAACGCUCAGCACGUCAGCCGCUUCAUAGCCCUGGCAACCGUCAACAACCCCGCAAAGAAGAAGUAUUUGUACGCCUUCAACAUAAUCCCCAUGAAGACCAUGGAUCCAUCGGAGCUGGUGAAGCAGCCGCAGGAUGUGACCGAAAACCCCUACAGAUGCCCCACAAAGGACAAGACGGACAAACUAAAGACGGGCUUCAGCACCACCGAGGAAGAGGAGGAGCCGGGCCAGCAGUUCUUCUUCGACCUGAGCAAGAAGCAGGGCGGCGGCGGUUUUCGGGGCCGCGGCAGGAAGAGACAACCGGACGGAGACGGACGAGGACGAGACCAGCAGCAUGACGGAGGAGACGAGCGUUACCAGGGACAACCCAAACAGCCCCGCAGGCCACCCCAGGCCUCGGGUCCCUGCUGGUUCUGCCUGGCCAGUCCUCAGGUGGAGAAACACCUCGUCAUCAGCAUAGGAACACAGUGCUACCUGGCCCUGGCUAAAGGCAGCCUGACCCCCCACCACAUGCUGAUCCUGCCCAUCGGCCACUACCAGUCCGUGGUGGAGCUGAGCUCCGAGGUGGUGCUGGAGAUGGAGAAGUACAAGUCGGCCCUGAAGAGCUUCUACAAGAGCAGGGGGGAGCGCUGUGUGCUGUUUGAGAGGAAUUACAAGAGCCAACACCUGCAGCUGCAGGUGGUGCCGGUGCCGCUGGACCGCUGCACCACGGAGGACAUCAAGGAGGCGUUCAUGGUCCAGGCUCAGGAGCAACAGAUGGAGCUGAUGGAGAUUCCUCAACACACCGACCUCAAACAGAUUGCUCCUCCAGGGACUCCGUACUUCUACGUGGAGUUGGACUCGGGGGAGAAGCUCUACUACCGCAUCCAGAAACACUUUCCUCUGCAGUUUGGAAGGGAGGUUCUGGCUAGCGAGGCGCUGCUGAACAUCCCGACUCGAGCUGACUGGAGGGAGUGUAAACAGAGCAGAGAGGAGGAGGAGGAGAGCUGCAAACAGCUGAGAGACGACUUCCAGCCGUUUGACUUCGCCUGGGAAGACUAACACACACACACACACACACACACACACACACACACACACACACACACACACACACAC